AAAAAAGCAGAUGAACUUUAUCCAAGCUGUGUCUCCCUUCAAAGUGACAUGUCAAAGGAUAAGGUCCUUGAUUUAAAUAAACACUCAAAGUCACAUAGGGUUAUCAAGAGGAAGCUCUUGAGUAGAAAGGUACCAAAUACACAACAGGAGAGUCAAACACAGCUAGACAUGAUCUUCCAGAAAUUACAAGAUGACAUUAUAAAGUUUGUGAAGAUGGAGCUAAAUAAAUGUAAGAAGGUCCUCAGUUCAGAUUGUCCAGAGUUGGUGUUGGAAGGAAUGGAUGAUGAAGAGACAAGUAUAAGAGACACAAGAGAAGCAUUUCUGAAGAUCACAAUGAACUUCUUAAGGACAAUGAAAAUGGAUGAGCUAGCCGACCGUCUGCAGAGCAAAACUCCUUCAUCAGUCUGUCACCAUAGGCUUAAAUCUGGUCUGAGGAAGAAGUUCCAGUGUGUGUUUGAGGGGAUCGCUAAAGCUGGAAGUUCAACCCUUCUGAACCAGAUUUACACAGAGCUCUAUAUCACAGAGGGAGGGACUGGAGAGGUCAAUGAGGAACAUGAAGUCAGACAGAUUGAAACAGCAUCCAGGAAACCACACCGAUCAGAAACGACAGUAAGACAAGAAGACAUUUUAAAACCACCACCAGGAAGAGAUCAACCAAUCAGAACAGUGAUGACGAAGGGAGUGGCUGGCAUUGGGAAAACAUUCUUAACCCAGAAGUUCACUCUGGACUGGGCUGAAGGCAAAGCCCACCAGAACAUCCAGUUCAUAUUUCCAUUCACCUUCAGAGAGCUGAAUGUGCUGAAAGAGAAAAAGUUCAGCUUGGUGGAACUUGUUCAUCACUUCUUCACUGAAACCAAAGAAAUCUGCAGCUUUGAUCACUUCCAGGUUCUGUUCAUCUUUGAUGGUCUGGAUGAGAGUCGACUUCCUCUGGACUUCAAAACCAACCAGAUCCUGACUGAUGUUACAGAGUCCACCUCAGUGGAUGUUCUACUGACGAACCUCAUCAGGGGGAAACUGCUUCCCUCUGCUCUCCUCUGGAUAACCACACGACCUGCAGCGGCCAAUCAGAUUCCUCAUGAUUUUGUUUGCAUGGUAACAGAGGUCAGAGGCUUCAAUGACCCACAGAAGGAGGAGUACUUCAGGAGGAGAUUCAUAGACGAGGAGCAGGCCCAGAGGAUCAUCUCCCAUAUAAAAAACUCCAGGAGCCUUCACAUCAUGUGCCACAUCCCAGUCUUCUGCUGGAUCACUGCUACAGUCCUGGAGGAUGUCUUGGAAACCAGAGGGGGAGGAAAGCUCCCCAACACUUUGACUGAGUUGUACAUCCACUUCCUGGUGGUUCAGACCAAAGUGAAGAAGGUAAAGUACGAUGGAGGAGAUGAGACAGAUUCACACUGGAGUCCAGAGAGCAGGAAGAUGAUCGAGUCUCUGGGAAAACUGGCUUUCAAUCAGCUGCAGAAAGGAAACCUGAUCUUCUAUGAAUCAGACCUGACAGAGUGUGGCAUCGAUAUCAGAGCAGCCUCAGUUUACUCAGGAGUGUUCACACAGAUCUUUAGAGAGGAGAGAGGGCUGUACCAGGACAAGGUGUUCUGCUUCGUCCAUCUGAGUGUUCAGGAGUUCCUGGCUGCUCUUCAUGUCCAUCUGACCUUCAUCAACUUAGGAAUCAAUCUUUUGGAAGAACCAACAUCCCAUCGCAUUUCAACACAUUUCUACCAGUCUGCUGUUGACAGAGCAUUACAGAGUUCAAAUGGACAUCUGGAUUUGGUCCUCCGUUUCCUCUUGGGUCUCUCCGUGACUAACAAUCAAACACUUUUACGGGGUCUGGUCAAACAGAAUACGAAAAGCUUACAGGACAACCAGGAAACAAUUCACCACAUCAAGGAGAAGAUCCAUGCAAACCUGUCUGCAGAGAAGAGUAUCAACCUGUUUCACUGCCUGAAUGAGCUGAAUGACUAUUCUCUUGUUGAAAAGAUUCAACAGUCUUUGAGUUCAGGAAAUCUCUCCACCGAUAAGCUGUCUCCUGCUCAGUGGUCAGCUCUGGUGUUUGUUUUACUGUCCUCAGAAACAGUUCUGGAAGUGUUUGACUUAAAGAGGUACUUUGCUUCAGAAGAUGUUCUUUUGCGACUAGUCCCUCUACUGAAAGUCUGCAGCAAAGCUAUACUUAACAGUUGCAACCUCUCGGGCAGCAGUUGUGAAGUUUUGUCUUCAGUUUUGAAUUUGCAGUUCUCUAGUCUAAGAGAAUUGGAUCUAAGUAACAACAAACUGCACGAUUCUGGAGUAGAGCCUCUGCUGAAGACUGGCCUACAAAGCAAAUACUGUCAACUGGUAACUCUCAGUCUGAAUAACUGCAACCUCACAGAGGAAAGCUGUAAAGCUUUAGCUUCAGUUCUCAGCUGCCAAUCUUCCAGUCUAAGGAAAGUGGACUUGAGCAACAAUGACCUGAAGAGCUCAGGAGCAAAGCUAUUGUCUGUGGGACUGAAGAAUUUGCAAUCUAAAAUAGAAACCCUCAGGCUUUCUGGCUGUCUGAUCAAGGAGGAAGGCUGUGUUUCUCUGGCCUCAGCUUUAAGCUCCAAUCCCUCCCAUUUGAGAGAGCUGGACGUGAGUUAUAACCAUCCAGGAGAAAGAGGAGCAAAGCUACUCUCAGCUGGACUAAAAAAUCCACACUGGAUACUGGAGACUCUCAGGAUGGAGCCUGCUGGAGACAGAUGGUUGACACCGGGUCUGAGGAAGUAUUCCUGUCAGCUCACAAUCGAUACAAACACAGUGAACAGAAACCUGAAACUGUCAGAAGGCAACAGGAAGGUGACCUGGAUGGAUGAAGAUCACUCGUAUCCUGAUCACCCUGACAGAUUUGAGUACUGGCCUCAACUCCUGUGUAGUGAUGCCCUGACUGGUCGCUGUUACUGGGAGGUCAAGUGGAGUGGAAGGGUUUAUAUAUCAGUGAGUUACAGAAGAAUCAAGAGGAAAGGAAACAGUAAGGACUGUGUGCUUGGAAGAAAUGCUCAGUCCUGGAGCUUGGACUGCUCUGAUGAUGGUUACUCUGUCUGUCACAAUAAUGGAGAAACGAAUGUAUUUUGCUCCUCCUCCUCCUCGUCCUCCUCCUCGUCCUCCUCGUCCUCCUCCAACAGAGUAGCAGUGUAUGUGGAUUAUCCUGCUGGCAUCCUGUCCUUCUACAGAGUCUCCUCUGACUCACUGAUCCACCUCUUCACCUUCAGCACCACCUUCACUGAACCUCUGUAUCCUGGGUUAACUGUAUGGUUCACCCCUGGUUUCUCUGCUAUGCUUUGUUCCUAGUCAAGAACAAUGAUCUAUUGCUGGGUAGGAAUCACAUGACCUAAUAACACCCCAGAAAGAAGCAAAACAAAACGAGGCAGCCAACUUUAUUCAAUUCUAUUCAGUUUAUUUCUAUAGCUCCAAUUCACAUCAUGUCAUC